AUGUUUAAAUCUGUUUUUGCUCCAAAUAAAAGCAGAUCUGUUAUGCUUUCUAAAAAUUUAACAAAAGCCUUUAGACCCAAAUUAUAUUCUACUGCAGCAACCGCCAAAAAAUCAUCUUUUUUCUCAAAGGCUAAAUCUAUUUUAUUGUAUUCCACAUUAUUCACUACUGUCGGUACUAUUUCCUAUUUUUCAUAUGAGUUAUACGAAGAAUCUCAUCCCCCUGUUCAAGUUCCACAAGCCGCAACUUUUAAAAAUGGAUCUCCAAAGAAAAAUUUAGUCAUUUUGGGUUCUGGUUGGGGUUCAGUUACUUUGUUAAAAAAUUUAGACACUUCCUUGUAUAAUGUCACUGUUGUUUCUCCAAGAAACUAUUUCUUAUUCACUCCGUUAUUACCAUCUACUCCAGUCGGCACUGUCGAAUUAAAAUCCAUUAUUGAACCAGUUAGAUCUAUUUGCAGAAGAGCAAAGGGUGAGGUCCUAUAUCUAGAUGCUGAAGCUACUGAUAUCGAUAUUAAGAAUAAAAAAGUCACUGUCUCUAAUGAAAAGGAAGGUUUAUUAAAAGAUUUACCAUACGAUUAUUUAGUUGUUGGUGUUGGUGCUCAAUCCACAACUUUUGGUAUCCCUGGUGUUUUCGAACAUGCUUCAUUUUUAAAGGAAAUCACUGACGCUCAGUCCAUUCGCUCUAAAAUCAUGAACAAUAUCGAAAAAGCUGCUACUUUGUCUUUGAAUGAUCCAGAAAGAAAGAGAUUGUUGAGUUUUGUUGUUGUUGGUGGUGGCCCAACCGGGGUUGAGUUUGCUGCUGAAUUGCAAGACUAUGUUGAUCAAGACUUAAGAAAAUGGAUACCUGAGUUGAGCAAGGAAAUUAAUGUCACUUUGGUUGAGGCUUUACCAAAUAUUUUAAAUAUGUUUGAUAAAUCCUUGGUUGGCUAUGCUCAAGACUUGUUCGCUAAACACAAGAUUAACUUAAAAUUGAAAACUAUGGUCAAAAAUGUCGAUGAUUCUAAAAUUGAGGCUAAAUGCGAUGGGGAAAGUAUCGAAAUUCCUUACGGUGUUUUAGUUUGGGCUACCGGUAAUGCCCCAAGACCCUUUGCUAAAAAGAUUAUGCAGGCUUUAGCACCAGUCCAAAACAACAGAAGAGGUUUGUUGAUUAAUGAUAAAUUGCAAUUAUUGGGUGUUGAUGAUGGUUCCAUUUUUGCCAUUGGCGAUUGUACUUUCCAUAAAGGUUUGUUCCCAACUGCUCAAGUCGCUCAUGAAGAAGGUGAAUAUCUAGCUGAUGUUUUACAGAGUAAUUAUGCAAUUGAUCAAUUGAAGUUUAAGAUUAGCCAGAAUAGGGAUAAUGUUGAAGAAUUUGCCAACUUGAGUAAGAGUUUGAUUAGUCUGGAAGCUAGCAUUAAGAAUUUUAACUAUAUUCAUGCAGGUGCUUUGGCUUAUAUCGGUAAUGAUAAAGCUAUUGCUGAUUUAGCUAUUGGUCAAUCCAAAUAUAGAUGGGCUGGUGCCUGGACUUUUUGGUUUUGGAAAGGUUCAUAUUUAGCUAUGUGUAUGUCAUUUAAAAAUAGAAUGUUGAUUGCCCUCGAUUGGAUGAAAGUUCAAUUCAUAGGAAGAGAUUCUUCUGUUUGA